GAUUAUCGUUCGGUGCCUGGGGACGGAGCCCAGCGACAACAGGACCCAUGCGUACGUGCAACUCCAAGCCUAAGCGGCAGCAUGUCCCCUUGCUGAUGCGUACGCCUGAUGGCCAAGUUGACAGAUGCGCUGAAGGAGGCUGCAAGCCUGGGUGCUGCGGAUGAUCAGAGCUUCAUCUCUGAGUGCACCAGCAUCCUGACCAAGCUGAAGCGGGGAUUCGCAGAGGUCAAGAAGGCUCCUGCGCUGUUGGAUGAGGUGCCUUCAGAUAUCGCCGCAUGGCCCUUCUUCCUGCGUUUGUGCGAGAAAGCUUCCUUUGCCAAGCAGGCAUGGGAGGCCACCGUGAUACUGCUGCAGAAUGAGAGGUGGAGCGAGACCUUUGCUCAAGAAGAGCAGAGGUCAAAACUCAAUCUCUGGAAGGCAGGGCAGCGUGACGUGCCACUAGUCCUGGAGCUUCUCCGAAAACAACCAAAGGAAGAGGUAAAAGACUUCUUUCCCUUGGAGCAGGUGGCAGGGAUGGAUCCUGGGCUUUGCACAGCUCUGACCGAAUUCUUUCAGGAGACCGACGCUGAGGUCGAGCCCGCCCUUUCGGCCGCUCUGCUGCAACGUGCGGCAACGUGCCCCGAGGUGAAGAGGAAGGUUGUGGCACCUGAGUCGAAAUCUUCCGUCGGGAAGGACGCCGAUCUGCCUGUCUUCGUUUGUGAGGUACAAUCACCAAGAGUCGUAUUUUGCUCAUUGUCUUCGUCCCUGCGAUUGUUGAACUGUUGAUUCCCAGCUCUGCUCUUCGUGCUUGUAUUCUCAACGGUGGGUGCCAAGCCAAAUCGAACUUUAACCUGAUGGCUUGUGCAAUUUGCUGAUUGCCUGAAUAAUGAAACGGCAUAAACACUGUUGUUACAGAUUGUGACAGAGUGAAGGCAGAAUGACAGGCUUAUUGAUGUUUACUGUACUUAUUAUGUUUUAAAAAAGGUGCACAAAAGAAUGCCAGAACACGAAUGUACAGUCGGCUAUAUAAAUCAUUGCAUUUGCCAGCAUGACUUGUGGCCACGUGUAUGAGCCACCUUUUGCGUGUCGAUGAGAGUACAUGGAAGAUCUUGCGGCGCUUUCCUUCGUUGCUUGCCAUGCUUUCCUGGUGUCCCCCUUCCCAGGGUCAUCCAACCCAGUUCAUCCACCACACGGCACGCCUACGUACAUGUUGCACCAUGUUACACCUACACGUUGCAGCACGUGCACCGUGUGAAGCCCUGGAGGGGAUCAGUGGCUCUCACCAGAAGAUGGAGAUCAAGAAAGGCUUGUGAUCGCUACCACACGGAGUGGUCCUCUUCUGACCGGCCUCCAAAGGCACCUUCAAGGCCAUGAGAUUUGCAGUGAGUUG